AUGAGCACCACGGCAGUCGGUCAAAAUUCGCUUUCUUGUCCAGCUCCCUUUCCUGCCCACUGUCUAGGAUCUGCUAAUCACAGUUACUUGGUCGAAAUCUGUUUUCAAUUACAGAAGCAUCUGGCAUAUCAUCUUUUACCUUCACCCAUUACAGGAGGUUUCAGUCAAGAAGAACUUCUAAAAAUAUGGAAAGGGCUCUUCUAUUGCAUGUGGGUGCAGGAUGAACCCCUUCUGCAGGAGGAGCUAGCGAACACGAUUUCCCAGCUCAUCCAUGCUGUUAACAACUCCGAGGCUCAGCACCUGUUCAUUCAGACCUUUUGGCAAACCAUUAACCGAGAGUGGAAAGGGAUCGACAGGCUGCGCCUGGACAAGUACUACAUGCUGAUCCGUCUGGUCCUGAGGGAGUCCUUUGAAGUCCUGAAGCAGAAUGGCUGGGAGGAAAGCCGAAUCAAGCUUUUCCUCGAUGUCUUGAUGAAGGAAGUCUUACACCCUGAGAGUCAGUCUCCAAAUGGGGUGAAAUUCCACUUCAUUGAUAUAGAGCUUUUAGCAGAUCAGAAUCUCAAGUUUAUUGAUCCAUUCUGCAAAAUUGCUGCCAAGACUAAGGACCAUACACUGGUGCAGACUAUAGCUAGGGGUGUUUUUGAAGUCAUUGUAGAUCAGUCUCCUUUUGUACCUGAAGAGACGAUGGAAGAACAGAAAACUACAGUGGGUGACAGCAACCUCCCUGCAGAAGAGAUAGCUGAAAAUGAGGUGACAUGGAGAAAAACAUUCAGUAAAAAGAAGACAGCACUGGGCAAAUAUCACUCCAGAAAGGAAGGAAUCAGUGAUGAAGGUGAGACAGAUGGCGGUGGAAGCAUGGAAGACACUGGGUCACUUCUCCAGUUUGACUAUAAGGCUGUUGCGAACCGACUCCUGGAAAUAACCAACAGGAAAAACAUCCCUCCCUUCAACAGGAAACGUCUCUGCAAGCUAAUCAAGAAAUUCCAAGAUCUCUCUGAAGGCAGUGUGUCUCAACUCAGUUUUGCUGAGGACAUUUCUGCUGAUGAAGAUGACCAGACCCUCAGUCAAGGAAGGCAUAAGAAAAAAGGAAAUAAGCUUCUAGAGAAAAUGGACAUGGACAAAGGUGAAGGAACCAGGUUCUUUCUUGCUGAGGAAGAGGAGAGUAAAGCUGGUGUUCACAAGAGGAAACGGAAAAAGAAGAAGAACCACCUUCAGCCUGAACACUUGGGGUCAGGGGUCAAAGCCGUCCCCCCAGAACAGAAUGGGGACCCAGAGCAGAACGGGGACCAUGAGCCAGAGGCAGGUCCAGGAAGAGCCCAGAAGCUGGGUGGGAUUGCGCCAGGGGCAGGGGUUUCGCCCAGCCCCCAGGGGCAGAGCAGCUCGGAGCACCCCCUCGUGCAGCCUCCCACGCACAGCAGGAGGAAACGACCAAGGAAGAGGAGCCCUCGGUUCCAGGAACUGGUUGCCGAGCCCACAGUGUCGCCUCUGGAGGACCUGUGUCAAGGUGGCCCCGACAGUGGUUAUGCUGCGGUGCCUGUCCCGCAGGCUUCCCCAGCCAGUGGAGCCCCAGCCCUGAAGAGGAAGCGGAAACUCAGGGCUCCCCUGGCCAAUGGCAGCCCGCCCACGCUGGCCUGGCCCCCGCCCCAGGAGGAAGGCCCUGCAGCCAGCCCAGCAGACGGAGGGGAUUGCCCCGCCACCCUGCCCCCGGGUGGGAGACUGAAGAAAAAGAAGGGGGAGCCCAGCCGUCUUGACCUCUACAACCCGUCCACUCAAAAAACUGCCAUCUUCAAAAAGAGGAAGAAAAUGAGAGAGAUGCUGAACUUGGUUGAACACAGCAGAGGACUGGAAUCUGAACUCAAGCUCGUCCAGGCUCUGGGGAGCAGCGGAGCUUUCAGCCCUUUGAAGAAAAAGAAGCUGAGGACUGAGAAUGACUUUGUGAAGUUUGACACCCCCUUCUUACCAAAGCCCCUGUUCUUCAGAAAAGCUAAAAGCAGCACUGCCACCCCUGGGACUCCUGCUAUGCAGCUCAACAAAACACCAUCCAGCUCCAAGAAGGUCACCUUCGGGUUGAACAGAAACAUGACUGCGGAAUUCAAGAAGACAGACAAGAGCAUCUUAGUCAGCCCCACAGGCCCCUCCCGAGUGGCCUUCAACCCUGAGCAGAGGCCCCUCCACGGGGUGCUGAAGACCCCCACCAGCUCCCCUGCCAGCACCCCCCCGGGGACCAAGAAGCCGCUGACGGCCACCCCAAAGAGAAGGCCAACAGCGAUGGACUUCUUCUAACAGUAGCAGAGUCCCUUUGUAAAAACUGCUUUUGUACAGAAUACUCUAUAAAUUAUAACUUUUAAAAGGUGGGGUGUUUUUUAUUACUUUAUAAAUUGUAUAGAUGAGGGUCAGAGUGUGAGCCACGACGCUGCUGUGGGCAUCUUGGUUGAAGUUUCACUACGAACACGGUUUGUGCUGGCGCUCACCGGGAUUUCCACACUCGUGGGAGCCGAGAGCAUGUGACCUUCACCACGGAUGGAUGCUGCUGGCACGUGUCCACGUGUCAGCCUGGGGUCAGACUCCAUCGGCUGUCGCCUGUGCACAGCCUGGGUACUCGUGUCUGCCUGCUUGGCUGAUUUCUGGUGGUUUUUCAUGUAAGUCUCCAUUUAACAAGCACCUAAGCUUUGUUCCCAGGCUCUGUGGGUAGUGGGCAGUUUUUGAUCGGAUCACUCUGACUGAAUCCGAAAUACAGCUGGGGAUGAGCCUUCUAGUGUGCAGGAGAGCAGAGCCCGUGGCCUGUGGCCUUCCCUGUGUUGCUACCUCUCAGAAAGCCCAAAGUGUCCUCAUCGGAGAGCAGCGGCCCCCGGCACUCCCCCGUCCAGUUGUCGUGCUCUGGCUGCUCUGUAUACGUAAAUGCCUGUGCCGGCGGCCUAUCGCCGGCGUCCACAUGAGCAGCUCUCCCAUCUUAAGUGAAAACAGUGCUGCGAGGCCUGGCCACAGCACCCGGAGACCGAGCUCCUGCUGGGAGGCAGGCAAGCAACUGCCAGGACUGUUCGUGUGUAUUUACUUGUUCAGAGUUACCUAAUAUCUGAAAUGCUGAGUCAUGCAUUGGCAGGUUUUUAUAAAGUCCUCAUUUUAAUUAGAAAAGGUGGGAGGCACACAGACUUACAGUUGGAGAAACAAAUGCAACUUGGAGCAGCGCUGCUUAAUCCUUGAUCUGAUCCCAGAGCCUGAAUGAGGGGUGGGAUGCAGACUCGGAGCCAGGGGUCGCGUCAGGAAAGCCCCUGGCCCGGCUCCUUCUUGAGUUUGCACAGUAACAAAUUGCAAUCGUAACGGGGGACACACAGUUUUGCCUCAGGUGCCCAGUGCUUCCCAGCCUGCUCUCCACUCAGGGAUCUCAGGCCUCCCAGAGUGAAAGCCUCCCUCCCCCUAAGCAGGAGCCCCAGUUUCUCACCAAAACCAGGGCCAGCCCACAUUGCUCCUUCCCAGCUGAGGGCCCAGGGUGCCACCCCUCCCUGGUCAGGGCUGUGGCUUCGGAAGAAAGGCCUUCUGGGAUGACAUGGUCCAGCUGAGUGGUUUCCUUAAUCACAUGACCAGGGGGGCAGACUUACCCAGGAAGGCCCUGCUGCCAAGGAAGGGGAACUGUUCUUUGCUCUAUAUCGAAGUGUUGUCACAGGUCAGGAAGAAAGAAACAGCGAACAUUGUGCUGCUGUUAGCUCUUGUAGUGAGACGUCUUCAUACAAGAUGACCUUGUGGCUGCAUGGUUUUAGUGAGCUACAUUCGCCAUCAUACCUAAAGUCACUCAAAACCAGAACUGAUGUGUGAAAAGAUUAGAUUUGAGUUGUCAGAUAUUUUUAACUUCAUUUUUUUUACAAAAGUAUCAUUAUUGGUCAAAUUAUUUUUCUAACAACUUUUAUUUCAGCUUGAAAGAUAGGUCUUAUAGUCAAAUGGGCCAUGUAAUCCAGCCAUGUUAAGAUGUCUUAGCAAGACGUUCUAGGGCAAAAAGUGGCACAUUUAUUGUCGUGAUGUGUGCAGGACCUUCUCUUCAUAGCGCUGUAUGUCACCUGUCUCUUCUGGGCUACCAGCGAGUGCCCUGUGCGUGCUCCUGCACGUGCCUGCCUGCGGACUGGGUCCUGAAGGAACAGUGUGUCUUGGGUUCCAUCUGUCCUCUGACUCUGUCCUAACUUACUCUAUUUUGUGGGUAAGUCCAGUAGGUUUACUGUGGCUUAUUUUUAAUGCCUAAAUUUUGGCUACAAAAGAAAAAAAACAAUUUUUUAAAAUUCUCAUUACGUAUACAUACAAGAAUGUCAGAUAAACUAUUUAGAAUACUGGUUUUCUACUUGAUGCAUGCUAUUUUCCUAGGUAAAAUCGCCAAGAGGACUUGGCAGUCCAAAAUAGGAAAUAAUUUAAUGCUGUCGAUCUUACAGUAUUUUGUAAAACAGUCGUCUGUACGAUUUGGUAUCACACUUUACAGCGUAUUGUCCUUUUACUGAACUGAAAGCACAAAGGGGAGUAUAAAGCAGUUGUUAGUGUUGGGAAAAAAAAUGAAAUUGAGUCCAUAUUUUGAUUUUUGUGUGUUUUCUCUGAACUUACCUGACUGCUGGCAAGGACUGUUUGUUUACGACCACUUUGUGUUAGUGUCUGCAGGGUUUGUCAGUACUCAUCAAAGCCAAGUUCAAUAAAAAAGUUGUCUUUGCCUCAGA